CUGCGGUUUAUUCAAAAGGGUUUGUCAGCAUUCCAGUAGCGACGGUCGGUUAAUGAAGACAGAGCUGCUCGACAAAACGCUACAAAACUAGUGAUGGAGGAUUAUGUGAAAAUAGAGAAGAUUGGAGAAGGGACCUAUGGGGUGGUGUAUAAGGGCAGACAUAAGUCCACAGGACAAGUUGUGGCUAUGAAGAAAAUCCGUCUGGAGAGCGAGGAGGAGGGAGUUCCCAGCACCGCUGUCAGAGAGGUGUCUCUGCUGCAGGAGCUCAGACACCCCAACGUUGUACGACUCCUAGACGUCCUGAUGCAGGAGUCUCGUCUCUAUCUCAUCUUUGAGUUCUUGUCCAUGGACCUGAAGAAGUACCUGGACUCCAUCCCAUCUGACCAGUACAUGGACCCCAUGCUGGUCAAGAGCUACCUUUACCAGAUCCUGGAGGGAAUCUACUUCUGCCACUGUCGCCGGGUUCUCCACCGGGACCUGAAACCCCAGAACCUCCUGAUCGACAACAAGGGUGUGAUCAAACUGGCGGACUUUGGCUUGGCCCGGGCCUUUGGCGUACCGGUCAGGGUCUACACCCACGAGGUCGUGACCCUUUGGUAUCGGGCUCCAGAGGUCCUGCUGGGCUCCCCCAGAUACUCCACCCCUGUGGAUGUUUGGAGCACCGGAACCAUCUUCGCUGAACUCGCCACCAAGAAGCCUCUUUUCCACGGAGACUCUGAGAUCGACCAGCUCUUCAGGAUCUUCAGAACGCUGGGAACUCCGAAUAACGAUGUUUGGCCUGAUGUGGAGAACCUGCCUGACUACAAAAGCACUUUCCCUAAAUGGAAGGAUCCUCUACACACACACACACUCUGCACACACUCCUGUUCAAAUUUCAACUUGUUCCCUCUAAAAAAAUGA